AUGGUAUGCUGGAAAAGCAAAGUGAUGAUGCAUGUAUUGAUUUUCCACAACAAAACAGCCACUAUCGACAUAAUAGGCAAUGUGAUAAUAACAUUCAUGACUCCAUCUAAGGAUUACUACUCAUGCUUCAGUAUUGACGUGUUCCUUAGUGAAGCUGUACGUACUUACUAUCGAAAGAUUGUGUGCUUUGUUUGCCUACAGCUCGAGGCUUCGACAAGACUUUCCCUCAGCAUUUCAUACAUUUCCCGUAUAACAGUCCAUGAUUACAUGUAG